AUGGCUGCUAAAAACGUGGUUCUUACGCAUUUUAGCGCCAAGUAUGCAAAGGUACCGCCAUUGCCAGAUUACAUUGAAAAGGCGGGUAACGUAACGAUUGCAAUGGACAACAUGGUUGUCACUCCCAGCACAUUGCAACUUACGGCAAAACUGAUCCCAGUGCUGCGUGAAGUAUUUUUCAAAGAAAUCAGCGAAAUUACGCAACGUUCAAUCAAAAGGCAUAUGCAGGAGGAGGCACUGGCACGCACUUUUGUUGACACGCUUGGAGGCACAGUGCAGAAGAAGAAACUUUUGGAAAAACUGGCUUUGAGCGACCCAGUACCAUCGGCAAACUUGUGA